AUGGUUAUAUUACAAAGAGUAUUCUUAAUAAUUGUAUUGUAAUGGCUAAUAAUCAGGUUAGUUAGAAAAAUUAAUUAUUAGUUGGAUUUUUAUUUGCCUGUCUUUUGUUAAUCUUAUUCUGAAUGCCUAAAUUAGUUUUUAUCGGAGUAAUUAGAUGAAAAAUGUCUUGCUUUUAUUUUUGUAAAUGAUUUUAGUAAAUCAUUAAAUACAAUUUUCGAUACUGUAUUACCUUUCAACCAAAAUCAAUAAUCUAAUUGUUUAUCUUGGUUAGUAUUGAUUAUUUUCUCAUUUAUUGCUGAUAAUUUUGGUAGAAAAUUGUCAUCGUCAAUUUCUGGGGCCAUGACUUCAUUUGAAGCCCUCUUAGUUAAAGUAUUCUAUAUUUUUAAUAUUUAAGUUUGAUAUGAACUAAUAGAUGUUAAUUAUAGUUCUAUUCUUUUUAAGUUUUCGAGAUAUGCCGAUAAUUAAUGUACAUUAUUCAUUUAUUAAUGAACUUUCCUACAAUUUAAUUAUAUCAAAGAUUUUAUAUAGAGAGUAAUUUUAGUGA